AUGGCCAAGGGGAAAGCAAAAGGUCAAAAAGGUAAAAAGAUCACCUUGAAAAUUGCCAAAAAUUCCAUCCGGAUAUCUUUUGAUGGAGGGCGCCGUCUUGACUUAAGCAAGAUGGGUAUCACCACCUUCCCCAACUGCAUUCUGAAACUGGCUGAUGUGGAUGAACUUGAUCUGAGCAGAAACAUGUUAAAAAAGAUUCCAAGCAGCAUUGAGAAGUUCCAGAAACUGCGCUGGCUGGACCUGCAUAGUAAUCAGCUUGAGGAGCUGCCCAAGGCAAUAGGUACACUUCAGAACCUCUUCUACCUGAAUAUAUGUAACAACAAGCUGACCACCAAAAAUCUGCCAGAAGAGUUGAACCUUCUCAGGAACCUGCGUAUUCUUAACCUUGGCUUGAACUGUCUUGACAGUAUUCCCAGCAGUCUUGGGGCCCUGAAGGAACUUAAUGAGAUAGGUCUCUUUGACAAUGCCUUGACCACCAUCCCAAACAGUGUGAAAAAGCUCCCCAAACUCAAGAAACUGAAUGCAAAAAGAAACCCUCUCCCAGAUACAACAGAACAAGAAGAGCAUGCUGACUCUGUUAAACGCACAGAAAUGCUUUACUUAGUACAAGAUAAAGACCUGUGCUCUUCCUGCCUGAAGAUGUGUCAGGAUGAGAGGGACAAGCUGAACAAGCUAAAGAAUGUGACACCUAGCCCCUCAAAGAAGCCAAGUUUCCCUUUACUCCUUACACCCAAUUCCACUGCAAAGGAUAAUCAGGAAGAAUGGAGAUUAAGAGGCAAACAUCCCUGA